AUGCGCAUCGCGGAGCAAAGGAAAAAAGAUGUCACGGGUCCGAAACCGAAGCGGGAGGAGAAGCAAGACAUUGAAGAUUUGAAAAAAACAAAAACCAUGCAAAAAUCUCCUGGAGAGACAUUCUUCGAUUUCAGCAGGUAUCGCGAAAAAAUCAAACAAAAGAAACUGAAGAAAAAGAAUAGACUAUACGAAGAGUUAGAGGCGAAAGACUUUGAAAAGUUUCAAGAUUCUGUUAAGUUUGGGGAGGUAGCACAAGCACCUCCUCAAAUAACGGCGAUUCCAGUGAACCGCGGAAGAAAUUCGCAAUUGAGUAUUUAUAAUGACCUUCAAUUGAUGAAGGAAAAGAAUAACCUGGCUAGGCAGCAAAUGAAUCCGGCAAGAAAACGCCUUCUGGAGGUGGAACGCGAAAAAUUCGUGACACAUUAUCGCAAUAUGAAGAGAAAAAAUAUGUCUAAUGAAUCAUAA